CGAGCAGUUUUGGUUAAACAGCUGAUGUGGCUAUAGUUAUCCAGAUGUCAAUUUUUUUUUUUCUUUCCGCUGAAACACACUUCUUCAACCCUCGUACCAACCCAAAAUCCGAUUGGCUUUGCAGUCUUCUUUUAAUGUUUGUGUAACGGCGACGGAGGAUUUCGUUUUCACUUUCCUCAACUGACAAAAUUUGAGGAGUGUAAAGGAAAGGAAAUCAAGGGUUUCUUUUUUUUCUUUUUUUCUUUUUUUCUUUUGUUUUUUUUUUUUUUUCCUUAAGAGAAAUCAAUGGCGAAUCUUCCCCAGUCGCUAUCAAUGAAUGUGGGAUUUGGAGGUCCAAGUGCAUCAACACCAAGCGUAUCAGGUGCUCAAGGAAACAAAGAUAGGAAAAUGGCAUCGGCUGAACACUUGGUUCUUGAGCUCAGUAACCCUGAUCUUAGGGAAAAUGCUUUGCUUGAACUCUCCAAGAACAAGGAAUUAUUUCAAGAUUUGGCUCCUUUCGUGUGGAAUACUUUUGGUACUAUUGCUGCACUGGUACAGGAGAUAGUAUCAAUUUAUCCUGUUUUAUCGCCACCAAAUUUGACUCCUGCACAAUCAAAUCGGGUUUGCAAUGCGCUUGCUCUUCUUCAGUGUGUAGCUUCCCACCCAGAUACAAGGAUGUUGUUCCUCAACGCCCAUAUACCUUUGUAUCUCUAUCCUUUCCUUAAUACAACAAGCAAGUCAAGACCCUUUGAGUACCUGAGGCUCACUAGUUUAGGUGUCAUCGGUGCCUUGGUGAAGGUUGAUGAUACAGAAGUUAUUAGUUUCCUUCUCUCUACAGAAAUAAUACCCUUGUGCUUGCGCACGAUGGAGAUGGGAAGCGAAUUAUCAAAAACAGUAGCUACAUUUAUAGUUCAAAAGAUUUUAUUGGAUGAUGUGGGUUUGGAUUACAUUUGUACUACAGCAGAGCGGUUUCUUGCAGUUGGUCGGGUUUUAGGCAACAUGGUUGCAGCACUAGCUGAUAACCCAUCUUCGCGUCUGUUAAAGCAUAUCAUCAGAUGUUAUCUUCGACUGACGGAUAAUCUAAGGGCCUGUGAAGCAUUAAGAAACUGUCUUCCAGACAUGUUAAGAGAUGCCACUUUCAAUGAAUGCCUGCGUGAAGAUCCAACUACAAGAAGGUGGCUGCAGCAGCUGUUGCACAACACCGGGGUAAGCCGUGUUCCAUCGUUCCAAGCGGGCGGAGGUUUUGAUCAUAUGAUGGUGAAUUAAACUUACUAAUAUGCAAUGUCAAUAGGACUGCCUAAUUAUUUAUGAUCCAAAUUAAAUAGUAUACCUAGCUUAAGCUUAUUAUUUAUCCAAAUCAGUUUCUGGUAAUAGCAUAGGCCAAAUUCGGUUCCUGCUAAUAGCAUGCCAUUAGCAAAUGUGUUAACAUCUUUUAUUGAUAUAAUGGUUAUCCAUUUUCCAUGGUAACCCAUUUCCGAAAAGUGUGAAUCAAUAUAAAUCUUUGGCUUUUUCUUUA